UUCGGCUCUCCUGUCGGCUGUGAGAGAGCGACUGCACCGUUGGCGGUGAAGGCCUGAGAAGAUGUCGGCAUUUCUGACCGCUGGUAGUGCUCACAAACUGGCCCAGCUGCUGGGCCAGUUUCGGCAGCUCCGGCUGGAGGACAAUGGCCGGCCGAGUUAUCCGCUCAACGCCUUCCAGAAGAUACACCGGGAUGACUUCUGGAACUGCCUGGUACGGGUCUGAGUGAAGGGUGCACUGCAUGGAUCAGUGUUUCUGUGUUUCUGUGUUUCUGUGCCUGCGUGUGUGGUGCAUGGUGCAGGAUGAGGCUGCGGGCGCGCUGAUUGUCAUGGUGAACCGGUCCUACCGCCUCAACUUCAGCGUCAACUUCAACUUCGCCUUUGCACCGGGCGUUAAGACAUAUCGUGUGGACAUACUGCUGGUCGCCUACAACAUGUAAGGAGCUGCAGGGGAGAGGGGAGGGAACGCACCACCCGUCCAUCAAUGCAUCGUCUGUGUGUCACUGGCGUGUGUGUGGAUGGCUGCAGGCACUCAUCGGUGCAGCUCAAUGGCUUCGUCUACAUGCACCAACAGCGGGUCCGCCAGUCGGCGCAGCAGCUCGUGGCGGCGUGGCAGGCCUUCGUCGCCACCGUACGCAAACACUGCACGCAUCAAAGAAACCAGGACGGAUGAACGGGCGACGCAUCCUCUGUCCCGCUGCCUUUGUGUGUCUCCUGUUGGCGUCUCUCGUGCAGCUUCGCCAGCACUCACCCUACAGCCAGCAGCCCGCCAUCGGCGAGAUGCAGGCCAUGAUGCCCCCCCGCACUAGAGCAGCUCGACCGCUGCUGGGCCGACUUCGAGCGCCGCCACAUUCUCGACCUGAUGGCCAUCAACUGCCAGGCAGUCGCACCCAUCACCGAGGCCAUCAUGUAUGAGAUCAACACCGACGCAGCGGCCGUGGACACGCGGGAGGUGCUGCGGCGGUUCAUUCGCGUCAUGUGUGUGGUGCUGCGUAUGGACCCGGAACGGCACGGCAUCGACAACGACCUCAUGGUCUUCUGCAGGAGAAUCCGCAACAACGCAAGUACGUGGGGCCCCGCGGGGGUGGGGGAUAGGGACGAGGGCGAGGGCGAGGGCAACACACAGCACACCCACACUCGUCUGUGGUGUCUCCUCUGCAGGGUCGCUACCUGGGUGUGAGAUGUUCCUCGGGCUUGUUGCCCCGUUGGAUGAGGCCUACGACCGAUAUCGGGGGUGCGCAUACACACACACAGAACACACACAUUCCCACAUCAACCACUUGGUGUGUCUGUCAGGCUGCUGCGGCAUCUGGCGGAGACCGACCUGGUCGACAUCGACCCACAGCUGCACCGCAAUGCCGAGCUGAUGUACCGUGUGCGCAGUCUGAAGGUCGAGUGUGACGAUGCCAUGCUAUACAAGGUGGAUGGGAUGGGUGGCUUCAUGUCAGAGAGACGGGCGGGAGGGGGAGGGGUGGGCAUGCAGCACACACACACAUCCAUCCAUCCAUCCAUGGAUCCAUCUCUGUGCAUGUGUGUGUGUCACGUGUGUGCCAGCGAUAUCCGCGUCUGCUGAUUGCGCUGAGGGAGACGGUUGACUUCAUGGUCGACCUCAUUUAUCUGGCGGAAAUCCACUUCGGCCAGUACGUCGAGGGCGGGCGCCUGGCGACCAUGUUCAUCGACUUCACCGAUCAUCCGAUCGUGUGGUUCCUGGUAAGCACCCCCCGCACACGUGGAUGAAGAACUGGAUGGUCCUUUGUCAAUCGAUGCGUGUCGUGGCUGCCUCUAUCAGGUGCCCUGGUUCACCGUGCUGCAUUUCCUCGAGUGCCCGCACGCCCACUACAGCACACACUACAGCAUCCUCAAGACCGUCGCCCCGAAUCGCUUCGGUCAAGACCCCGGCGGCACUGUGGAAAGCCUCAUGACCAACUUCGAGCAGGGCAAAGCCUACUUCGGGGUAGGCAAUUGGCUCACACACACUCACACACACACACACACUGUCCUCUCUGUGUGUGCACUUGAUGCGCAGCGGCGAGGCGUCAGUCGGGAUCGGUUCCUGGCGUGUAUCGUGUCGCGAAUGGCGAGGGGCAAUUGGCACCGGCAACUCGUACGAUGAGCAUCAUGUGUGUGUGCGUGUGAGUCCACCCAGUUGUUUCUCUGCCUGUCUGCAGGAUCUGGUGUGUGUGCUUCGGCUUCACCAGUUUGUCACGAGUCUGUUCACAGUGGCGGCCGACGUCGGAACGGAGAGGGGCCAUCUCUGGCAAACCAUGACCAAAGUAUGUGUGGCGGCACACCACACCCCCACCGCACCUGAUAUGUACUUGUGUGUCUGUGUCAUUGGUGUGUUUUCUGUCUGUCUGUCUGUCCGCCGGUCUGCCAGUUCAUCAUUGUGUGUCUGCGAUACAAGCUGAUGCACCACACACCCACGCGCCUCAUCCUCAUGCUGGGCGUGGACACGGUGCGCCCCUUCACCAAGCUCGAGACCCGCAGAGAGGGGUGUGCCAUCAUGUAGCGAGCAGGCCGACUGACACCACGUGUGUGCGUCUGCGUGUGUGAGAUAGCUCUUGUGUAGUGGCAGGUGCAUGUGAUUUCAGACGUCAUCCUGCCUGUGUGUAGCCUAGAGGGACAUGUUGACAUACGGGGAGGGGGCAUGGGUGGGUGCGGUGGUGUGUUGAUAGCUAGCUAGAUCAGACAGACAGACAGAUGGUCUGACUCAGGGCUGCCUUAGCUGUGGCGCACGUCGCCGCGCAAUGCGUGUGUGCAUGUCAGCUGACUUUUAGCUUUUCUCUCCUCUUGACCUGGACGUGCUUCCUGUACCGUGUACCAUUUACCAUUCAC